UCACAAUCUCUUACACGUUAUUCACUGCAAUUUCAAACAAAGAAAAAAGGCGCAAUGGCUUCUGGCACACCGGCAACAACCAAAAAAGGCGGAAGAGGCAAACCUAAAACCAAAUCUGUUUCAAGAUCAAGCAAAGUCGGUCUUCAGUUCCCCGUCGGCCGUGUCGCUCGUUUCCUUAAAGCAGGUCGUUACGCUCAACGUGUUGGAUCUGGUUCACCGGUUUACCUCUCCGCUGUUCUUGAAUACCUUUGUGCUGAGGUUUUGGAACUUGCGGGUAACGUUGCGAGGGAUAACAAGAAGACACGGAUUGUAUCGAGACACAUUCAACUUGCUGUGAGGAACGAUGAGGAGUUGAGCAAGUUGAUGGGAUCUGUUACUAUUGCUAAUGGAGGUGUUUUGCCUAACAUUCAUCAGAAUUUGUUGCCGAAGAAAGUUGCUGGAAAGGGGAAGACCGAGAUUGGAUAUGUUAUAGGCUUUCGUGUGUAG